AUGUCGGGUUCCAAGAUUACCUGUUACUUCGACAUCGUCAGCCCCUUCGCAUACAUUGCGUUUCACGUGCUACAGAAUUCACGCGCCUUCGCGAAAUGUGAAAUCACAUAUGUUCCAAUUCUGCUCGGGGGUUUGAUGAAUGCAUGUGGCAACAGUCCUCCAAUCAACAUCAAGAAUAAGAAAGACUACUUGGGCCAAGAGCGAGUACGAUGGGCGAAAUACUUCUCAGUCCCGAUCAUAGAGGGAUUCCCUAAAGGCUUCCCCUUCCGCACAGUACCUGUGCAACGUGCGCUGUGUGUAAUCUCCCAGAAAGCACCCGAAAAGCUAGCUCCGGUGAUUGGCGCUUUAUUCCACGCCGUUUGGGUUGAAGGCAACACAACCAUGGGCGAACCCGAUGGCUUCGUCCCGGUGCUAGAGAGCGAACUUGGGAAGCAAGAGACUCUUGAGGUUAUGUCUGCUAUGAACAAUCCGGACAUCAAGGCCCUUCUGGCCGCAAAUACGACUCGUUCUUUUGACUCGGGUGCUUUCGGACUGCCAUGGUUUGAGUGUACGAACCCCAAGGGCGAGACCGAGGGCUUCUGGGGUGUCGAUCAUUUGGGGCAAGUGGCUGACUUCCUGGGUUUGGAUCGCGCGCUCGACAGAGGAUUUAGGGCGGCUCUCUAG